CUGGAUUUGCGCUGCAACUCUUAUUCUGAAAAACAGAGACUGAAAUGCUUGGACGCAUCCGGAAAGGCUCCCUUGCUGUUGCUUCCUGAGCGUGUGCCGUGAACAUGGACCCACGCUGCUCCUGACUCACAGGUGCAGCCGGCGUGGACGUGUGUCGCCAUGAUGCUGGAGAGGAGCAGGGUAACGGUGGUAGCGGACAUCUUCUUCAGCAGGAGACCGUCCGUCGAGGACGAGACGGGGAAGGAGGAGGCAAUCCAAUGCCGCUGCUCCAGAGCCUUCGUGCAGGAUCGCGAGCUGUAUCGCUCUGAUAACAGAUUACUUUCCUUUGAUCCGGCAGACCCUAAAGGCCAAGAAGCAGAUGAGGAGGAGGAGGAGGAGGAAGUAGUAGUAGAAGAGAAGGACGAGGUGUUGGAUGAAGAGGCCCAGCUGAUGGCCAGCAUGGGUCUGCCUGUGGCCUUUGUGUGCUCUUCUGAUCAGAGGAGGGAGGGGAGGAGGUCCAGCAGGAAGUGUGCCUCAUACCGGGCAGAGUCCGCUGAAGAGGAGGAAGAUGAUGAUGUACAGGUUGACCACAAAGUCAAUGUGAGGGAGGUGUGUGAUCCACCAGGAGAAGGUACAGGAGGGGGCCCAGCUGCUGGCUGGGAGACCUACUGGGCUCAGCAGGGAGAAGCCCUGCUGUGGAGCAGCUGGCUGGAGAAACACCCACAGACUGACCCAGGAACACUGGCUGCUGAGUGGGACAAACACGCCGCUGAGACCUACUACUCUUACUGGGAGCAGUACUCGUACUGGUCGGCACUGGGCUGGACCACUGACCAGUCUGUCUGUGAAGAGAACCCUGAUGGAGAAGAGGCAGCAGCAGUGGGUGGGGUGUGCAGAGACAAAGACAAGGACUGCGCUGAGGAUCUGAACCGUCUCCUUGGACUGAAGUGCACCUUGGAAGCCUCUGUGGGUGAGUCACAGACGCUCUGUGGCUCCGAUCCUCCUUCAGACGGGGGCAACGACCGCAAGAGAGCUGCAGCCUCGUCCCAGCAGAGCCCCGCCCAGUGCACAGGUUCCCAGCAGGCCGCUGGCUGCCCUGACAGGCGGACGGGCUCACGGGAGAAGAUGCCGGGCAGAGAAACGGAAGACGACGAGGACAAACCCCCUGGGGGGGGACGUCCCAAAGUCAAACGCAGCCAUGAGCUGGACGUGGAGGAGAGUCCACCUCUGAGCCCCGAGGAAGCUUGGAGUAAACUGGGACUCAAACACAACCCGCAGCCUCUGUUCCACAGUGUGUUGAGCUUCAGAGACAAUGUUGCUCAUCAGAAGCAGCGCUGGGCUAAGCGAGCCGUCCACAGCGUCCCCAAACACACCAGGUUCUCAGAGACGGGAGGAGAGACCCGCAGCGCCCUCUGCAAGGUCAAAAACUUCCUUAAACAGAACCAGAGAAAAACACAGAUUAGUGAGAUGGGAGGAGAAGGCACACGGGAAUCAGAGGAGAUCAGGAGUGAGGAAGAGGAGAAGAGGAGGAAGGAAGAAGGUGACGAGGAAGAAGGUGAAGAGGCUGUGGCAGUAGACAGUUCUGGUAAGGACGCAGGAAGGACCCUCACCUCGGCAACCGUGGACAGCGAGAGAGACGAGGACGAGCAGCCCAGGAGACAGUUGGCGUGUCCACUGCCAGACUUUCUCAUGUGUGAAGACAGCUGUGACUUGGGUGAUAAAAAAGGAAAGAAACCAAAGAAAAAGAAGGGAAAGCGAGGGAGGAGGCAGCCGGUCCCGGCCGAGAUGGCGGCCGAACCCGAGCUGGCUAAAUACUGGGCCCAGCGCUACAGACUCUUCUCUCGCUACGAUGAAGGGAUUCGACUGGACCGAGAGGGCUGGUUCUCUGUGACACCAGAGAGGAUCGCCGAGCACAUCGCCGUCCGGGUGGAGCACAGCUUCCCUGACUGCCAGCUGGUAAUAGACGCCUUCUGCGGAGUGGGAGGAAACGCCAUCCAGUUCGCCCUCGCUGGAAAGAGAGUCCUGGCCGUUGAUAUCGACCCGGUGCGGUUGGACUUGGCUCGGCACAACGCCACGGUUUACAACGUGGCCAACCGGAUUGACUUUCUGCAAGGGGACUUCCUUCAACUAGCUCCCCGUCUCCAUGGCGAUGUGGUCUUCCUGUCACCGCCAUGGGGAGGGCCGGAUUACCUGACCACUGAGGUGUUUGACAUCAAGACCAUGAUGCAGCCUGAUGGAUUUGAGAUAUUCCGUCUGGCCAAACUGAUUUCCGACAACAUUGUGUACUUCCUGCCUCGCAACGCCGACAUGGAUCAGAUCGCCUCUCUGGCCGGUCCAGGAGGGAAGGUGGAGGUGGAGCAGAACAUCCUCAACAACAAGCUGAAGACUGUGACUGCUUACUUUGGCGGCUUGAUAAGCCCGUAACGCAUGGACCAUUCAGACUGAAUCUGAUGAUCAAGUUAUUCUAGGACCACCCUGCCUGUGUGAGAUGAAGGAAUACUUCACCAAGUAUUACCUUGAGUUCUGUUUCUGGGAUUUGGCCAUGUUGAACAAAGAUUUCAGUUUCGAUGUCGACACAACUUUGGAAUAACAAAUGUCUGUUUAAAAGGCCCUCCCACGUUAGCAGGCCUAGCAGAGAUUUUUUUUUUACAUAAGUGUUUUAAAUAGCAAGCUUUUAGCCAGGAUGCAUGUGCUUAGGAAGUAAACAUAAAUAUAGCAUUAUAUUUUGUGUUUGUAAGUUGUAUAGAGUAAUUGCGUGGUCCCCUCUGGGCUGCAGUGGAAGCAUCCAUUUAUUCACAAAAACAAUUUUGCUACUACAUUACCUCAUAAAUGCUCCACACAGGCCUUUCUAUGUUGAUGCUUCAAAAAUCAUUUUAAAAAUCACAAUUUUAAGACAUCUUUUUUAUUUUGCAUUAGAGCUAAUAAAUAUUUUUCAUAAUGUUG